CCCAGCCCGGUCCAGCUCCGGCUUAGCCCGGCCCAGCUCUGCCUCAGCCCGGCCCAGCUCUGCCUCAGCUCCGCCCCGGCCCAGCUCCGCCCCAGAUCCGCUCCCGCCCGUCCCCGUUCCGCCCCGUGCGGCCUCCCCGGCGAUGGGGGCGUGCGAGCCCCCCAACUUCUCGUGGGUGGUCGAGGGCCGGCUGGCGGGGCUGGCGAUGCCGCGGGAGCCGGGGCACUACCGGUACCUGCGGGAGCGCGGCGUGCGGCACCUGGUGUCCCUGACCGAGCGGGCGCCGCCGCACCACGGCUGCUGUCCCCAGAUCCAGCUGCACCGCCUGCGAGUGGCCGACUUCACCCCGCCGAGCCCCGAGCAGAUCCAGAGCUUCCUGAGGAUCGUGGAGGAGGCCAACGGCCGCGGGGAGGCCGUGGCAGUUCACUGCAUGCUGGGCCACGGCCGGACGGGCACGCUGCUGGCCUGUUACCUGUGCAAGGAGCGACACCUGGCCGGCGGCGACGCCAUCCGCGAGAUCCGGCGGCUCCGGCCGGGCUCCAUCGAGACUGCCGAGCAGGAGCGGGCCGUGAUCCGCUUCUGCCAGUGCCUGCGCUCUGGGGAGGACGGCGAGGAGACCUGAGCACGGAUGGAUCCAUGGAAUCGGGCAUCCCGAAGUGCCGGGCGUUGCCAGCCCCGUCUGUCCCCUCCUGCAUUAAAGGACUGGCCUGUGGCUUCCCUCCA